ACCGAUUGCGAAGAUAAACGCGGCGACUGCUCCGAACGUGCUGCAAAAGGAUAUUGUACUAGUGCAGGCGGAGACGAAUUCCAAAAACAAUGCCCACGAAGCUGUGGUCUUUGUGACUGCAGAGACCUUGCUUCUGCCGAUGACUGCGAGCAAGUUAGAAGAGCUGGCUACUGUGAUUCACACAGGGAGCACUCGGAUUACUACUGUAGAAAAACGUGCGAUUUUUGUCCUAUCGUCUAA